AUGGAUCCGUGGUACCAGAAUUUCAAACUUUGUCUUACUUACUGGCUACUUUCCAACAACAGGGAGAAUGGAGGGCCACCAGGGAUGGAAGCUUCUGGUCACCUACCGGUCAGUCCACUCGGGACACCUACACCGCCGGACCAUCAUCACCAUCACCACUACCCACACCAUCCACUCCCAUCACCAAUACCUCGUCAUGGAACGACAGACCUUGUCUCGGGGGUGGACGUCCCACUGACGGAGACCCCUCCACAAAUCUCCGACCCAGGCGGCGGGUCAAACAACAAGAUGACCAACAAAAAAAUAAAAACCGAAACUAUGCCAAAACAAAACGGGUCUUCUGGUCAUCCGGGAUCAACAGGUCAACUUUCGCCAAAGGAUAUGUCAUCACUGGUGAACCCUGACCGUCGUCACCUUUGUCCUCACUGUUACAAGGGGUUCAAAAGUCGCCAACAAUUGACACAGCAUAAUCUAGUCCACACGAAUGUACGAAAAUAUCACUGUAAGUUCUGUGAGAGAUCCUUCAAGCAGUUGUCCCAUCUUCAUCAGCAUCACCGGAUACAUACAGGUGAGAAACCUUACAGGUGUCCACUAGAAGGAUGUGACCGGGCAUUUCCUCAACUCUCCAACCUGCAGCACCACAUACGAAACCAUGAUAAGCUGGUGGAUAGUCAGUUUCAGUGUCAUCUAUGUGACAGGGCUUACCCAAACGAGGCUACUCUCAAGGCUCACAAUACACGGACACACCUGCAUUCCAAGCCUCUUGACCUGACCCAGCAGCAGCUUCAGCAGCAACAUGAUCCCCCAGGGCCGACUGAAUCUUCAUCUCCCCUUCCCCAAAGCAGCCCCACAUCUCCCUCACAGGUGAACCUGUCAGGACAGGUAAAGCCAAGGAAGAGGAAGGCAUCACGGCCACAACACUUGUACAUGCCCCCUACUAUGGUUCCUAUUUCCACACCACUAACCCCAGAGGAGGAGAACUCAGCUGAGCAGAAGGAAGACCUAGUCCGGUACGAGGAUAGAUUCCACAGAGAGACUUCCCAAGAUUCAUCGACACAUAGUUGUCUGGGUGAAUCUCAAAAUGGCAUUCAUAAAAACAUUCCACUCUCUAGGCUUAAUAUGCCUAACUUUGACCGGACGGAUAUGAAGAUGCCUACCUUUAAUCAUUCAGACAAAUUGCCGAAUUAUAGCCAGUCAGACAAAAUGCCUAACUUUAGCCAGUCAGACAAAAUGCCUAACUUUAGUCAGUCAGACAAAAUGCCUAACUUUAGCCAGUCAGACAAAAUGCCUAACUUUAGCCACUCGGACAAAAUGGCUAACUUGAAUCAUUCAGACAAGAUUCAAAAGUUCAGUGAGUUGGACAAAAUGCCUAACUUUGGCCAGUCAGAUAAAAUGUCAUCAAACGGUCAGCUGGAAGGUAAAAUCUUAAAUCAUAGCCAAUCUGCAGGCAAGGUUUCAGAGGUUAGCCAGCCAGAGAACAGGAGCUCCCCAUUCAGUCAGUUACAAAGCAAACCUUGUAACAAUCAGUCAGAAGACAGGAUUUCCAAUUUCAACCAAUGGGAUGCUAGGAAUAUUGAUGAGGACAAUCACAAUGAUCGUUCAGUACGUUACGACAGGAUACAUCAACAGACAGCCAGAGGAAUUGAUAUGAAUGUAUUUACGCUAUCGAAAUCUCUUGCCAGUGGAGCAGCUAUGGUACGACCCCCGUUACAUAUGAAUACGAUGAUGAAAUCAUCACAUGACCAUAUUCUUCCCCUGUCAAGGAACAAUUUUGAUGUGGCAGCAUUUUCACGCCAGCAGAAGUCAGAUCAGCUUCAAAGACAUAUACAUAGCUCUAGUCCUUACUUAAUCUCUCGACGAGACCCUGCCCUCAAGGGAGUCUACUCUAGUGGCUGGCCCGUGCCUCUAAAGUCAUCAACCCUUUGUAUGGGUAUGGACCGCUCUGAAGAAGCCCAGUCAGAUCGGUCAGGGAGUCAGUCGCCCAAUCUACAAGCUUCUCAAUUUUCAUUGGACAAUUUUGAUGAACCAAUGAACUGA